AUGAGUGGCAAUAAUAUUAAAAAUGAUCAUAAUUCAAAUUAUUCAUAUCCCGUUCAAAAUGGAACAAAUAAUACAACGAUGACAAAUAUGUCGGUUGUUCCACAAAUAUCAUCACGUCCAAAUACUUUACCAAUAAAUACACAACGUGAAAGUGAUCUACUACUAUUUACACCAAAUGAUUACAAUAAAUUUUCAUUAUCAACACCGGAUUUAAUUAAUGUUCUUGCAUCACAAACAUUCGUUGAUGGGCAACCUUCACCAAGUGUUAAAGUACUCGAAGAAUUAUUUGCUGCUCAUGGCAAUAAUAUAAAUAAUCAACCAAUUAUGCCGUCAACAAACUCAUACGAUCAUGAUGCACAUACAAGAGGAUCAUACAGUGACAAUCAUAAUAAACAAGAAAAUAUUCCAACAUUUCGUCCUGAUCGAACACAUUCACAAUUAUCAUCAUCACGUGAUCGUUCAGUAUCAUCAUCAAUGAACGAUAAUGAUUCAUCAAAUUCAACAGAUACAUCAAGUCCCAUGGUAUAUUCCUAUUCAGGUCGUAUUAAAGAUGAAUUACAGCAUGUUCCAUCAAUUCAAACAAGACAACCUGGUGAACCAGUUGAUGUAGUAAAGAAAGAAAAAAAACGUGAAAGAAAUCGACAAGCUGCACAAAAAUGUCGUACAAGAAAAUUAACACGUAUAGCUGAAUUACAAAAACGUGUUAAUGAAUUACAAGGAAAAAAUAAAGAUUUAACAGGCAUAGCUGAAUGUUUAAAAGGUGAUAUAACAAAAUUAGAAAAACAAUUACAAGAUCAUCAUACACAAGGUUGUACUCUAAUGAAUGGAUCAACAUUAUAA